AUGUCGAGUCACUCGGAAAAGUCGAUAAAAAGGUAAGUGGAUUCGAAAGAUCGGAAGAAGAAGAAGAAGAAGAAGAAGAAGAAGAAAAAGUUCAGAUUCGACAGCGUCGACUACGGGGACGACGUCUCCAUCAUCGACAGAUCCGAGAUUGUCGACGUGAGUUUUAUUCGCAUGCUUCAGAAAAUAUUUCGUUUUCAGUGGAGCACGAUCAUCAUAAAGGUAUUCCUCGGUCUUCUGUUCAUCGGAUUCGCCACUGGAUGCAUCAUUUACUCCGUCAUUACUUGUAAGUCCUCUCUCUCUUCCCUUCCAUUCGUUUGUUUUCAGCAGAAGAAUACACUCACCCAGCGUCCACAAACUCCAGUUUCUUCAUUUACGAUAUCAGCCAGUACUGCCACAAUGGAACGCUAACUUACACGAAUAGAACUGGAGCAGUUAACGAUUAUGACGUAAGAAAUCGGACAGAAUUCACAUAUAGUGUAGUGGGCACAUCAGAAAUAAAAAUUUGAAUGUCCGCCAACGUUCGAGUGAAUUACAGACCGUAUCGACUGGAAUGAAUUGGCUGCAAGACUCGAGAAGACAACGAAUUUACCAUCGAAUCGGAAUUGCGGACAAGGACACCGACUGGCAGAUCACUCACUACGUCUUCAGGUAUAGACAAAGAUAAGAAGCAUCCUAAUCCAUUUUUCAGCAAUCACACAUUCUUUGUCAAUCAAGUCGGAUGUACCCGAUUGACGUACGGAUAUGCCGAGUACCUCAGAAGGUCCGUUUCGGCCCUCUCCUUCGCCUUUUCCAUCCGAAUUUUCAGACUGGGUCUCCAGAAGAUCCGAAUGGUCCGCACGGAAUCGUUCACGAUUGAGGACGAGAAUAAAAAAGUGAACUAUUUCGAGGGAGAGCCAGCGAGGGACAUUCAGAUCGAGGGAAUGCACCCGGUCAUCGUCCGCGCCUAUUCGGCCACGAACAACAGUUCGCAACGGAACCACUCCCGGUUUCACUUUUUCCCAUUUUCAGCGUUCGCCUACGGAUGGGAGUACAUCUUCGCCCAGGAUGCGAAUGAAACCGGUCUGUUACGGAAGGAGUACUGGUUCCCGGAGAUGAAGGCCGGAGUCGACGACGAGGGAGUUUUCGAGGAGCUGCCCGCCUCCUGCUACAAAGCCUAA